AUGUCAAAAUGUGGCAAAGUGGUGUCCAAUGAGCGAAUCAUUGGUGGGCAGAAUGCGGUAUUGGGAAGUUGGCCCUGGCAGGCAACUUUAAAGUGGUUGGGCUCAGUGACCUGUGGAGGAUCCCUGAUCAGCAACCAAUGGGUGCUGACCGCUGCUCACUGCAUAUCAAAUGAUGACCUCCAUGACGUAACAGUCCAUCUGGGUGUGUACAGCCUGUCUCAUAUCAACCCCACUGAAGUGACUCGAUCGCUUGAUCGAAUUAUCUGCCAUCCUGAAUACAACGAUUUUACCUUGGACAAUGACAUCUGUCUUCUGAAGCUGUCAGCUCCUGUGAAUUUUACAGAAGCUAUAAAACCAAUCUGUCUGGCAGGAAAAUACAGCACUUUCAAUGAUGGUCUUAGAAGCUGGAUCACUGGUUUUGGCAUGACUGGGUCUGGAUCACUAUCCAACACUCUGCAAGAAGCAAAGGUACCGAUAGUGGGAAACAACAGGUGCUCAUGCUACUUAGAAGGCUUCUCUGAAAUCACAAACAACAUGAUAUGUGCUGGACUUAAAAAUGGAGGCAAGGACUCAUGUCAGUACAAUGAGAACUGA